AUGGGUAAAUUUCCUGAUUUGACUUUUCCUUCCUCUCUUCCCAACGAUCCAAACCAAACGGAUGCUGAAGCUAUAAAGAAAACACAGCCACAAAAGAUUGUAAAACGUGCUGGUGUUUAUCUUCAUCGAAAGUUGGGCUUGUUUUGUAGUAAACCUCCCCAACAUUCCAUUAAGAAAAUGUGCUCUAACGUCUCCUCUGGUCGCAUCAGUGUAUACACUCUUCCCACAAGUAUUGAGGAUGAAGUAGCCGCACGAAAAGAAUUCCUGAGACGCCCUACUGAUGAUACCCACGAGUCAUUAUACAAAGGAUUCAAACCCAAUGGAUUCGGAACACCAUGUUCUUACAAGACAUGGAAAGAGAGUAUAAAUCCUAAACAAUAUCAACAACUCUCUCGUCUAUCUCCAAAACAGCAAAAAUACCAAGAGCUAAUACACGAAGUCAUCCUGACAGAGUGUAAAUACAUUGAAGACCUUGAACUUGUUCAAAAGAUUUUUAUAAAAGACGCAGUCGAAUGGGAAGGUCUUCCGUCGACACUCUUAAAGAUCUUUAAUAGUACCAAUAAAAUCGUAGAAUUACAUAAAAGCAUACUCAAGGAUUUUCUUUGUAGACAAGCGAAAGAACAUCCAGAGAUUCGUACUAUCGGAGACAUUUUUGAUGGUUAUGUUGAUUCCAUGGAAAUAUACUCUACUUAUUUUGUCAAUUUCGAGCAAGCAAACCAUGUAAUUACUAAUGCUUUAAAGUCAAAAUCAGAUCUGCUUGGGACAUAUAUACGAAAUCGAGCGUCUUGGUCAGAAUGCCGGAACCUGCCUUUGCAAUCAUUUAUGCUGUUGCCAAUUCAGCGAAUCAUGAAAUACCCUUUGUUCUUUAGACAACUUAGAGAAUGUCUAGAGCCUGAAGAUUCCAUCUUUUGGGAAAUGCAGCAACUAGAAACCAAGAUGGACAAAGCCAUUAGACUAAUAGAGAAUGACAAAGCAGAAGCUGAGCGAUAUCACAGACUAGAAGACCUGACUACUCGUAUUUCUGGACUCGAUCCUGGGCGGAGACUCAUCCACGAAGGACCUCUUGAUCUUUUACCUUGUUCUCAGAAUCCUUUGACCGAUUCAUCAAACGACAUUUAUGGAAGCAGCAUAUCGUUUAAUCCAUGUGGUAGUGUACAGUCUCUUUAUGUCCACCGCCCAUAUUUGCAACGCCAAAGCAGCGCCCAAUCUAUCACAAGUCCUCAUCCAAAUGUACUCAAAAGACGUAAUAGUACAUUUUCCAUAAAAGAAAAAAAGAAACAUCUGUAUGUGUUUCUUUUUGACGACCUUAUCAUAUGCACCAAAAUACGCUCCACCAGUCGGGAAAUCGACGAAAACAUAAUCGCAAAAGUAGAAUCAUAUCAUGGACCUAAUCCGGAAGCCUUAUUUCGUGUCGUGCAAGAGCCGGGACAGCUUACCUUGGUCGACCGAACCGUGACACGAAAAGUGGCACGGCAAGACAAAACCGGGCGUCUCUUGGGAUCCUUGCGAAAACCAACCGCGGCAGCUUUUAAUGCGAUGUACAAUUCAACUACUGAAUAUGAGGAACACCCACUUCAGUUUAUGUGCUCGAUUGCAAGUAAAAGGAUUGUAGUAUACCAUUUCGAGGCCCCUACAGCACAUGAUAAAGAUGUUUGGUGUACACGUCUUCAAGAAGCUUCAAAGCUUCAUGUCCGUAGUCCAGAUACAGUACAGCACGAUCCGACAAAAGAUACAACUGAACUAAAAGGUGGUUGCUCGAUAUUAGGCGCAUCUAUAAAUUAUACAGAUCGACACACAGAAAACAAUAAUACUCAACAUUAUCUUUCAGAUGAGCAAGACGAGUUAAAAGAUGUUGUGGUUCAAGCUCAAUACUCCCCAGAAAAUAAUGACGAAUCUUCUGAUGAUUAUACUGCGACAUCAUAUAGUGAAGAUCAGCCUAGAAAUGAAGACACCGCAGAGCAAACCCUGGCUAGUGCUUUGAGAGAAGCCAGCCAGGAACUAUCCAGGAUUAGUUUGGAGUCCACAUCCAAAACCGAACACAUGGACUUCGUUAUGGAUUUUGCAGUCGAUCUUGAUGAUAACAUGGGCCCUAAAUUCAAGGUCUCAGACUUUGACAAAUAUGUAUUUAAUCAUAGUCACGAAAGAUUUUCGGUACCAAUAAUCCUAGAAGAAAAAGACGAACCAAUGGAAGUCAAGUACUAUACACUAAAGUCUCCCCGGGUGGGAAGAUUCCCACAAACUUUUAAAAUUUAA